UUGUUUGUCGUUGAAAACAUAGGAAUGUAGAAUGAAAGUUACAAAUAAAGGGUACUGCGUUGCACAUUAUUUGAUGGAGGUGUAAUUGAAUUGUGUGUAUGAUGGCCGAUGUAAUGGAACGAAUGAACUAUGCAGCGUUGAAGAGAGUGGAUCCGUACGUUAAAGAUAUUAUUGAUACGGCGACUCAUGUUGCGUUAUAUACUUUUAACGGAGAUUUUAGUGAAUGGGAAAGGACUGAUGUGGAGGGAGCCUUGUUCGUGUACAGUCGUAGUGGAGAACCAUAUCAUGGUGUGCUUAUUAUGAACAGACUCAAUACAAACAAUCUAGUGGAACCUAUAUUGCAGGGUCUAGAGUUUCAGUUACAGGAGCCAUUUCUUUUGUAUAGAAACCCCAGAAGUCGGAUUUAUGGAAUUUGGUUUUAUGAGAAGGACGAAUGUGUUCGAAUAGCGACUGUAUUAGACAAGCUCGUGAAGGAAGUGUCAAAUCCCAAGAAGUUAACCAUGAUUCCUUCGAUGGGCAAUAAAAGUUCUGGUGGGAUCGGUGUUGAUAUCUUUAGUAUGCUCAGUAAAGCACAAGAAGACUUCGAUUCAAAUAAAUCGUCAAUUAAAAACAAGUCAGUGGACGUGAAAUCUUCAGUUUCACAGAGCCAGGAUGCUCCACCCCAAAGUGUUGUAGACUUUUUCGCCAAAGCAAGUGGUGGUGCGUCCCAUUUUACUGCCGAAAAAUCUGCUAAGCCCCAAGCCCUCUUUGUUAACCAUCCAGCGAGAACAGCGUUGUUACCAGAUGGCAGUGAUGGGAACAAUUUUCAACCACUGCUUCAACGUCUGAUGUCAAAUCCUGCACAUAGUGUUGAGCACAUUGAAAAACAGCAGCGGUCUGUUACCCCCAAUACAGAGAUCUCCACAGUGUCCAGUAAUAAGGCAAAGCAGCAGAUUAGCGACGGUAUUAAAGCUGUCAAUGAUGGGAAUAUCAAACUCAGACCAAUUUCCUGCAGUAAUAUGUGUGAGAAACCUGGCAGGUUGGUGUUGGACAGUACGAAAAAUCUCCAAGAGCAGCAACACAUGAAGAACAGUGGUGCAUUAGAUAUUGAGAAUGGUAUGAACAUUCUACGAAUUUCUUCUCCAAACUCUGCAGGGAGCCUUCCACCUCCAUUUUUUGGUGGCACUGUUCCUAGUGUUCCUGUUGUGGACUGCAGCACUACUGACCGUCCUCUCUCAGCGCCCCUUUGUUCUAAUGCAGAAACACAGAAAGUAGCCCUGAUGCCACCUACUAUGUUCACCUCUUCAGCAGCAAAAGAAACAGCAAACCUUGAGUUUGUGAAUAAUGUUUUGCCAUUGAAUUCAAAAACAGAAAUAUCAGGUCCUGUUAGUAGUAGUAAUGCUAUGCUCUCUAGUGACUGCAGUAUUCCUAUUAAGCCAGAACCUUUAACAAAAAAUCAACUGUUGCAAGCAGUUACUUAUUUAUUAAAGAAUGAUCCGGAUUUUGUGCACAAGUUGCAUGAGGCAUAUGUGAAGUCAUUUUCUGAAUUGGUACAUUAAUGUGAAAUUAGACUGACUUGGUUGUAGUUAACUGUAAUGACAGAGUACUUUAAUUUCAGAAUAUUGAUUUCAUUGGAUGAACACCUCGUGCUUCAUAUACAAAUGUGUUUUAAAGAUUUUAUCUUUUAUCCAUAGUAAUUUUUUGAGUAAAAUAUUUGGUAUCCAAUAGUAGCUAUUCCCUCGAUUUUAUGUUUGAUGUUUUAAAACGCAGUACUUGAUGCAUAAUAUCAGGAGCGAAUUGUGAAGCUCUGUGCCUUAUGAACUAGAUGGAUUCCGAAAAUAUUCAGAAAGCUUAUGGAGCAGCAGUGUUAUAAGUAAAUUUCCCAUCUUUUUUAAAGCUGCUUUAUGGCUAUAGAUAUAAAGUGGAACUUACAUGUUGCACUGAAAUCACCAUAAAGUACCCAGUAUGGCAGCUGAUGAAAUUAAUGUUCCAUUUAUAGGUAAACUAUGUAUACCUAAGUUCUGUAAAAUAAGUUGCAGCCAUCUGCAGCUGUCAGUCCUUCAAUACUGUAUAUUCAGAUAAUGGUUUUGUAUGUUACAUCUUUUCUUUUUUUAAUGCUGAAUCAGCUAUAUAUUUAAAUGUUAUUUUAGGGUGUAUUGUAUUUAUUAAUUUUAGUUUAGUGAGAUUGUGUUGGAUUUUGAAUCCAGACGUGUGACUUUUAAGUUAUCAAUGUUUUACAAAUAUAUUUACUGCCUGUGGUGUUUAAUGAAUAGUGUAACAUUUGUUUUUAUUGUUUAGUGCCUUGAUUUUGGAACUCUGUGCAACUUGGGCUCAGUAAGUCCUAAAUGUGUUGGUCAUUUUAAUGACUAUUGAAGUCUGCUGUUGUAGUCUUUGAUAUAACUUUUUGAGUUUCACAGUGAUUACUGAUUAAAUAUGCAAUAUGAUACCUUUUAAUGUUUUGUGUAUAGAAGCAUUAUUAUUGGCCAAUAAGUACAACAUGUAUUCACUGGGGCAAUUAACUGAAAUAAUGUUUUGUUGACAUUUAUUUCCACAAAACUUCAUACAAUUAGUACAUCUAUUGAAUAGGGUGAAAACACCUGAAGUAUGAUUUUGUAAUUACAUUCCAUAAUACAGAAAACUAGGUUCUGUAUAGGUUGUUGAACAAGGGAAAUGUACAUCGUGAUGGAUGCCAUUAACAAAAAGGAGGAAAACUCCCUUGUUUUAAAUCUGGAAGGAACAACAAAAAGCAAGAAAAUGCAAAGAAGACCAAAUAGUCGUUGAUUGUGCCCCUU